AUGUCGUGCGCAGUAUCGCGGAGCUGCUUCAGGCAGCUGAUGCGGGACCCUCUCCGGAACAAUGCAGUCCCCUCGUUUCUCGUUCCUGCCUUUUCACAACCGCUGCGGGCACAAUGUUUCUCGACAACAUCUCCGGCGCAAUCUCGUGUCGGCGGUGCCCCGAUAUCGAUACCUCCAGAUGUGUCCCUGAAUUUUAUUGAUCUGCCGCAGGCGCAGACUCGCGGAAGAUCAGCGAAGGAUAUCCCUAAGACCGCAGUCCAGGUGAAGGGGCCGCUAGGCGAGAUGACUCUUAAGAUUCCGACCUUCCUCAAUGUUGCCCAUGACGAAGCACAGAAGAAAGCUUCCCUUACUGUUGCAGACCCUUCUAUCGCUCAUCAACGUGCUAUGUGGGGGACAAUUCGAGCACAUUUGCAAAACUACAUUCUCGGUGUCUCAGAAGGCCAUGUCUGCAUUCUGAGUUUGGUUGGUGUGGGUUACAGAGCUUCCAUUGAAUCGACAGCUACAACCGUUACUGCCGAAUACCCUGGCCAGCAAUUCGUCUCCCUCAAAGUUGGAUUCUCUCACCCAAUUGAAUUGCCUAUCCCGAAGGGCGUGAAAGCCAGUACGCCGCAGCCGACGCGCAUUCUGCUGGAAGGUGUAGACAAGGAAGUUGUUACACAGUUUGCGGCAGAGAUCAGAGCCUGGAGGAAGCCUGAACCGUACAAGGGAAAGGGUAUUUUCGUGAAUGGGGAGACAAUCCGCUUGAAGGCCAAGAAGAUCAAAUGA